AUGGCAGCUGUACCGGGCCUGGACUUGUCCAUGCUGACAUACUCCGCUCGACUGGCCACCUUCAACACCGAACACCAACUCACAAAGAGACGCGCCUCGAGCCAAAAGAAGAAACAAGCCUCGACCGUCUCAUGGCCUCACGAGUCGCCUUCUGGUGAAGAGGUAACUCUCGCUCUCACUGCUCUGUUAGUGUUUGACAUUAACAUCUACAGNCUCGCUCGCGCCGGCUUCUUCUUCAAACCUGCUCCCGACAGCGACGACAACGCACAAUGUUUUCACUGCGCCGUAAAACUCGACGGAUGGGAGAGCCAGGAUGUCCCUCUCCAGGAGCAUCUAGCCCACUCUGCCCACUGCUCCUACGCACUCAGUCUGUCUGUUUCGAACAAGCAGGAAGAACGCGACCCCAUGAGCCCCGAACUGGUCGAAGCUCGCACAGCCACCUUUGGCGACAUGUGGCCACACGAACACAAGAAGGGAUGGAAGCCCAAGGUCAAACAGAUGGUUGAAGCCGGUUGGGCAUAUGACCCUUCGCCCGCAGACGAGGACGGCGCCACCUGUUUCUAUUGCAACAUGUCACUGGAUGGAUGGGAGCCCAAGGAUAGCCCGCUUGAAGAACACCGCCGUAGAGAGCCCAACUGCCACUUCUUUGCACUGUGCGACCGUUACAAGUCUACAAGACGCAAAGGUGGGCGUGGUCGUGCUUCUACUGCCUCAAGAGCUUCCCGCCUGUCCACCCAAUCUGUGCAAUCGACCUUCUCCGAGGCUCCUUCGCUAAUGUCCUUGGGUGACGCAGGUCCUCAGCUUGACGCAGAAGAUAGCAUCGCCCUCGAUGCCACCAUCUCGUCCGACGCUGGCAAGGGCCGUAAAAAGACCACCAAAGGAAAGAAAAAGACAACCCGUCAGGAAUCCGUCGACCUUUCCGUUCAGUACCCGACUCUGCAAGAAGUCGUCGAGGACGACAUAUACGCUGUUCCUGUUGAAGCCGACCCGGAGCCUGUUGCAGAGCAACCCAAACCCAAGCGUGGUCGCAAACCCAAGAACACUCAAGAGUCCACCGUUAUCGAUGAUUCCGUGGCGGAACCUGCAACUAAGCCUGCGAGAGGUCGCAAGAAGGCAAAGGAGCCUUCUCCUCCUCCCGAGACCAGUCUGGACGAGAGCCAGUUGCAGUCUGAACUAAAGGAAGCUGCCGAAGUCGCUGUUGUUGCACAGAGUCCUCCGGCAAAAUCUGGAAGAGGCGUCAAGAGAACGAGUGAUGGAGUCGAGAAGCCCCCGCUUCAGGAAGACAUGACUGCUGACGAAGAGCCGGCUAAACCCAAGAAGGUCGCAAAAGCCGCGAAAGCAAAGAAGACCAAGAAGGCUGCCAAGGAUACCCAGGAAGAAGUAGAUGAGUCCGUCGCAAUCUCACAGCCGGAGGACAAGCCGAAACGAACGAGGUCUAAGAAGACCAAGAAGGUCGAGCCUGAACCCAAAUCCGAACCGGAGGCAGAGCCUGAAGCAAUCGUCGAGCAAACGGUCGAGGUACAAACAGAAUUGGGACAACCCGCCGAGGCCGAAGAAGAUCUGGAACCCGAAGAAGAGCUGGAACACGAAGAAGAGCUGGAACCCGAAGAAGAAGCAUUUGAGAGGCACUUCGAGAUCGCCGAUAGUGACGCCGGACUCGACAAUGAGGCAAAAGAUGAGGUUCAACAACAGCUACAAGAGGAGGAAGAUGAUCAAGAGAAUCUGGAUCCAAGCGCAGAAGCCGAUAUUGAUAUGGAACAAGAGAACAACCAAAUCCUGGAUCACCACGAACCACAAGAUGAGGACGUACUGGAAGAGGAGUUUGACAAUCUCGAGAAUGUGGAACCUGAGGAGGAAGUUGUGGAAGAGGCGGUGGACAAUGAGGUCGAUGCAGAGGAAGAAGAACAAGCCGCCUCUGUCGCGCAGACUCCUGCGGCUGAAGAGUUCGAGCCGACACCAACACCCGAGAUCAGCCGUCAUUCUGCAGUCUCUCAAUCCUCUGUGCGGAGGUCUGUCAUCCAACGAGCACACUCAGAAGAGGUUGAAGUAUCAGCCCAUUCAACACCGCGUAGUGCAAGGAGUCCCCAGCAAUCAGAUGCCGAGAACCAACCGCCAUCCUCAUCAACACACGCACCUCCCACAGCUCAAAAGCUUGCUCCUACUUUGGGUGCGACGAAUGCCACUAUCCAACCCAGAGAGAUCUUCGCGAGCCCCACCAAAACUACUCGAGUCCCUCUUGCUGCAUCUACUCCCAACCGCUCUCCUUCUAGACGAUCACCAUCCAAGUUCGGCCGACUUGUAUCGUCGACUCCAUGGGAACCCGUUGAUCUCGAAGCAAUUUUCUUCCCUGACUCGGAAAACGAGAAUGGAGACGCAGACGAUAUAUUCAACAAGCUGCUCGAGGUCGGUGGUGCACUCACCUCACCGGAGAAGAAAAUGACGGUCGAGGAGUGGGUUCGAUCACGCGCAAAACUGGGAGAGAACAAGCUCAAGAACGAGUGUGAGCGUAUGGUAAUGCUUUUCGAGAAGGAGGGCAAUAGAGGUUUGGCAGCUCUGAACAGCAUCCAGACCUCAUCAUGA